CAUGAUGGGAGAAACAAAGUCUGCCUUUGAGUCAAGCGUCUGACUUUCACCUGAGGGAGACUUACCCAGUCCUCCUGGCAUGGGCCAAACCACCCCAGUCUCAGGAGCCUGCAGUUCCCCACUGCUCUUUGCAGCCACAUUCCAUGUUUCCUUGAUCCUACUGGACACUGCCAUAGGCCUUCCAGCACCUAGAUCUCCAAAUCCAGUCAAACUAUGGAGUAAGAAAGAAACUUCAAUCUCUGUGAACUGAUUGAAAGAUCAUGCACACAGCCAUGAGUAACCAGACACUGGUGACAGAAUUCAUCCUGCGCGGUUUCUCAGCAGCGCCACAGCUCCGGGUGCUCUUCUUCAUCCUCUUUCUCUCCCUCUACACCAUGGCGCUCUGUGGAAAUUCCCUCAUUGUGGCAGCCAUCGCCUUUACCUCCAGGCUCCACACCCCCAUGUACUUUUUCUUGGUCAAUUUGGCUGUUUUUGAUGUUAUCUGUGCCUGCACCGUGGUGCCCAAGCUGCUUGAGAUCCUGGUGGCAGAGAAGAGAGGCAUCUCUUACUGGGGCUGUGUGGUCCAGGUGUACUUCCUGACGUGGUCUCUAGCAGCAGAAUUACUGCUCUUCACCACCAUGGCUUAUGACCGCUACCUGGCCAUCUGCCAGCCUCUGCACUAUGGAUCCAUGAUGAGCCCCAGGGUGUGUGUGGUGCUGGCUGGGGCUGUUUGGGGCAUCAGCGUGCUCGGUGCUGGAGUCAAUGCCUGCCUGAUUUUACGGUUGACCUUCUGUGGGCCCAACGUGAUCGAUCACUUCUUCUGUGAAAUCCCCCCUCUGCUGCUGCUGUCCUGUUCCUCCACGUACUUGAAUGACAUCAUGUCAAUUAUGGCUGACAUCUUCUUUGCUGUGCUGAAUUUCGUACUUACCAUGGUGUCCUAUGGCUUUAUCAUCUCCACCAUCCUGAAGAUGCGUACAGCCAAGGGGAAGAGGCGAGCCUUUUCCACCUGCUCCUCCCACCUCAUCGCGGUCAGCAUGUACUACUCCACCAUCAUCUACACCUACCUGAGCCCUGGUUCCAGCUACUCUCCUGGGACUGGCAAGGUGGUGGCUGUGCUUUAUUCCACUGUGAGCCCCACAUUGAACCCUCUCAUUUACACUCUGAGGAACAAGGAUGUCAAGGCAGCUCUCAAAAAUGUCUUGAUGCUCAUGGUGGAAAAAGUGUCAAUUGGCAGUCUCUAAAGUUUGUGUUCUUUGUUGCUUUCUCACAUGAUCCUUGUGAGAUGUGUCCCACUUGUUAUUAAUAUCUUAUUUCUAUGGGGUUGCUGCUGACAUUUUCAAUGCCCCCCAUUGUGAAAACAUUCCUUCAUUGACUCACCAUAGCAUCUAAAUUUGAUGUGGAGUUCAACCCCCUUUUACUGAGAGUUUGGGGUUCCUAGAAAUGAACACAUAGUAACAAAGAACAGAUUCAUUACAUCUCAUACAGCUUGGACUUCCCACCAACCUAGAGUCUCUACCUACAUCGUAUAAACCUCCAUUGGGAAGCUGUCAGUUCAAUUCCAUCAAAAGUGCCCCUGUAGAGCUACCCAAAUUUCUGCCCAGGCUAAAUGGAUCAUGGCCCCGAAAUGCAGAAUAAGUUUCUCCUGUGAUGGUUAACUUUAUGUAUCAACUUGGCUGGUCUAAGGGAUGCCCAGACAACUGGUAGAACAUUAUUUCUGGGUAUGUCGGUGAAGGUGUCUCUGGAGAAGAGUAGCAUUUGAAUAGGUAAACUAGGUAAAGGAGGUUGUCCUCUCCUGUGGGAGUGGGCAUCCCCCAAAUUGUUGAUGGCCUGAAUAGAGCAAAAGAGGAAAGAAGGGUGAAUUCAUUCUCUUUGACAUUCAGCUUCAGACUAGUACUUACACCACUGUCCCCAAUUAUCACACCUUCAGACUUUGACUGAAUCACACCAUCAGCUCCUCUGGGCCUUCAGCUUGCAGAAGGCAAGUUAUGGGUCUUCUUGGCCUCCA